UCUCUGCGUCACUUCCUCCUCUUCUCCAGGACUGUCUUCGGUAGAGGCAGGCCAAACGGCAUCAUGGUUCAACUCCGACCCCUCACCAAACCUAAAAUCCUCAAGAAAAGGACCAAGAAGUUCAUCAGACAUCAGUCCGACCGCUAUGUCAAGAUCAAGAAAAACUGGAGGAAGCCCAGAGGUAUUGACAACAGAGUGCGCAGACGCUUCAAGGGUCAGAUGUUGAUGCCCAACAUCGGUUAUGGGAGUAACAAGAAGACCAAACACAUGCUGCCCUCUGGAUUCAGGAAGUUCUUGGUCCACAAUGUCAAGGAACUUGAAGUCCUCAUGAUGAGCAACAAGUCACAUUGUGCAGAGAUCGCCCACAAUGUGUCUUCAAAGAACAGGAAGCUCAUUGUAGAGAGGGCUGCUCAGUUGGCCAUUAAGGUCACAAACCCCAACGCCAGACUUCGCAGCGAGGAGAACGAAUAAUCUUGUUGUCUUUUCAAUAAAGUGGAAAAAAAGUGUUAACUACA